AUGAAGUUUGAUAUGCGGUUCGGCGAGCAGCAUGUCAUACAUCAAAACGGGAUGUCCUCCUGCUUCGGCAGCAGAGGUUGCAUCCUUCCGGACCCUUUGCCCUUCAGGUCCCAGUAUACAUCUGGAGGCCCAUUACGCGACGACGACGACGACGACGAGAUGGUGCAAGCAGCUUUGGAUCAGGGCGUCGGCUAUGGCAUUGUCAUUGGCUUGGGCGCCCUGUUUGCCGUGGGCAUGAUACUCGUUACAUUCAUUCUUAGGCGGUACAACAGCGAGCUGCAGACAUCUGAGAUGUUCAACACUGCCGGCAGAACCGUCAAAUCUGGCCUUGUUGGCUCUGCCGUAGUCUCAUCGUGGACGUGGGCAGCUACCCUGCUCCAAUCCACCGGUGUUUGUUACCGGUAUGGUGUAUCUGGCCCCUUCUGGUAUGCGUCAGGCGCCACUGUUCAGAUUCUCCUGUUUGCCACACUCGCAAUUGAGUUGAAGCGCAGAGCUCCCAACGCACACACCUUCCUCGAGGUCAUCAAGGCUCGUUACGGCACUAUUCCGCACAUUGUCUUUAUGGUAUUCGGCCUCGUGACGAACAUUCUGGUGUCGCUCAUGCUCAUCGUCGGCGGUUCAGCGACGGUUAAUGCAUUGACGGGAAUGCAUACGGUUGCAGCAAUCUACUUGUUGCCAGUCGGUGUUGUGGCGUACACGCUUGUUGGCGGCCUGAAGGCGACCAUCUUGACCGACUGGAUCCACACUUUCAUUCUACUGAUCAUCAUUAUUAUCUUCUCUUUGACCGCAUAUGCAUCCUCCGACGUGUUGGGCUCGCCGAGCGCCGUAUACGAUCUUCUGGUCAAGGCUGCCUUCGACCAUCCUGUCGAUGGCAAUAAAGACGGGUCGUAUCUCACAAUGCGAUCUAAGGAGGGUGCCAUCUUCUUCGUCAUAAAUAUCGUCGGAAACUUCGGUACAGUGUUUCUUGACAAUGGCUACUACAACAAAGCCAUCGCCGCCUCACCUGUUCACGCAUUACCUGGGUACAUCCUCGGCGGCCUCUCUUGGUUCGCAAUUCCAUGGCUGACUGCCACAACAAUGGGCUUGUCUGCGUUGGCGCUCGAGUCAAAUCCUCGAUUUCCCACCUACCCUGAUCGCAUGAGUGAGGCAGACGUAUCCGCUGGUCUAGUACUUCCUUACGCAGCAGUUGCCCUGCUCGGGAAAGGCGGCGCGGUCGCAACCCUACUCAUUGUAUUUAUGGCAGUAACCUCGGCAACCUCAUCAGAACUCAUUGCUGUCUCGUCUAUCUUCACGUAUGAUCUCUACCGGACUUACUUCAAGCCGGAUGCUAGCGGGACGCGCCUUAUCUGGAUAAGUCACUGCAUCGUUGUUGGCUAUGCAAUCUUUAUUGCCAGCUUCUCCGUAGGGCUUCACUACGCAGGGAUCUCGAUGGGAUAUCUCUAUCUUAUGAUGGGCGUCAUCAUCUCAUCCGCGGUUCUUCCCGCCACCCUUACUCUAACUUGGUCCGGCCAAAACAAAUGGGCUGCGGCUCUGUCUCCCAUACUCGGCCUUGCCUUUGCCCUUGUCGCCUGGCUAGUUACGGCCAGGAAGGAGUGCGGCGACUUGGGAGUAUCAUGCACAGGAUCUAACAACCCCAUGUUGGCCGGGAACGUGGUCGCACUACUUUCGCCCGCGAUAAUCAUACCUAUCCUCACGUUCGCGUUUGGACUUCAGCACUACGACUGGAAAUCAAUGAUGCUCAUCAGGCAAGGUGACGAUCAUGACUUGGCUGCCGCGGCUCAUCUUGACCUUGAAAACAUUCCUGGUGGCCACGUCGAAACUUCAGCCGAAUUCGAGGCAGAGCAAAAGAAGCUUUCGAGGGCAGGCAAGAUCAGCAAGACCAUGACUGUCAUUUUGACCAUUUCUUUUCUCGUUCUCUGGCCAAUGCCGAUGUACGGCACCGGUUACAUAUUUAGCAAGCAAUUCUUCACUGGCUGGGUCGUCGUGGGAAUUAUCUGGAUAUUCUGCUCUCUCUUCGCUGUUGGAUUGUUCCCCAUCUACGAAGGACGCAAGACGCUUGCCGAGACUACGAAGUUCAUCAUUCGCGACAUCACUGGCAACUACCAUCCUAGCAAAGUGCAGCAUUCAAUUGAAGGCCAAGGAGAGAAGAGCGACCAUGAAGAAUCAAAGCAGGUCAAGGAACUUGGGGAGAAAGAAUCGCCUGGCGAUGUUACACCCACCGAAAAGUGA